AUGGCUCGCCAUUUCGUCCGUUCGUUUGUUAUUGCUGCGGCGCUCAGUCCCUUCGUUCAUGCUGGGCCAUGCCGCCCCUCUUCGAGCUCUGUGGCGGUUGUUUCGACCACUACUGAGACCAGUGUCGCAUCUGGCUCUGCUACAUCAAGCUUGACUGAGUCUUUGUCUGGUACCUCAACUGAGACUUCUGUCACCGUUAGCGAAAGUGGCUCAAGCACUGGCACUUCGACUGAGACCACUCUCGCUACCAGCAAGACUGAGUCUGGUUCCACCACCGCUGAGCAGUCUACCACGUCGGGUUCUGCUGUCUCAACUGACGUUACCACCUCUGCCAGUGAGAGCCAGUCUUCCACCGGCACCACUCUAGCUGCGACUACGUCAACUGAGUGUCCCGAGCCAGAGCCUCCCGUCUAUGAUGACCCCUUUACUCACACCGACACUGAGGUGGUUCCCGCGACGACUUCUGAGGCAGCUACUACCACUGAAGAUGCUACGGUCACCAUUGUUCCCAGAAACUUCAUUCGACGAGGUCACCCAGAGAUCUUUGUCAGGGAUGCCACCAGUGAAGCCGUUCCCAUUAAUGAAGAAGAUCCUACUACUACUACUGCAGAGGCUACCUCUACUACCGAGGAUGCUACUACUACGACUGCAGAUGCCACUACCACGACCGGAGAUGCUACUACCACUACUGGAGAAGACACAACUACUGGCGAGACAACUGCCACUUCUGAAGAUACCACUGCUACCACUGAAGCUCCCACCACCACAACAGAAGAGGCUACCACCACGACUGAGGAGACUACCACUACCGCAUCCGAGACUGCUACCGGUUGCAUUAACAACAUGGAGAGACCAACACCCGAGGGUGCCGUCUGCGGAUCAAGGGGAUGGGUUUGGGGUACUUCCAACGAUUGGAGGUACUUAGGCGAAGGCCCAUCGACCUCUGUUCUUGAUUGCUACACGGCCUGUCAGCAGAAGAGUAACUGUGUGACAUUCCUUUACGAGAAGAACGCGCAGUGCAGUCUCUAUAUGGGCACUGUCACUCAGCUCAGCUCGGACCGAACUGGCGUCAAGACUUAUGAGACGCGCUGCUUCUGCGACACCGGUAUUGACCCAGCUCCGACCUGCUCAUACAGCGACCCGUUCACCAACGGUGGCUUCGAGGACGGUACAUUGGCUCCAUGGGUAGAGGAUCCCAACCCUGGUCGCUACGACCCCGUUUACUCCAAAGUCGUUCCUGGCGGUCAGGGCGGUUCGUCGUAUCAUUUCCAAACAGGCCAGUUCGAUGCCGACGAGAGCCUCUGGCUGUAUCAAGACAUCAAGGCCUGCCCCGGCACCAGAUUCACCUGCUCUUACAACUGGUGGUGGAAUGAGUAUUACGAGAUCGAACAAGAUGAUGGGAGCAGCUUGGUUCCAUAUGUCCGCGUUUAUCAAGGCGACACCAACGUCGUUGGGAACCGAUGGCCCACAAGCGAGGACCAGACAAAGACCUGGGUUCCCGCCAGGUUUACUUUCACCAUGCCUAGUAAUGGCAAAACGAGGAUUUGGUUUGUUGCUAGCAGUCCUCAGAGUGAAUGGAUCAACACCAGCGAUGACCCUUGUAACCCCACCUGGGUUCACCGACCCAACUGGUUCGCGCUGGACUCGGUAUCUUGUCGCGAGUCGUAG